AUGCGUUUCUCCUUUGCAAUUGUCCUCGCCACCGUUGCUGCGUUGGCGCUAUCAAGCUCCGCCACGCCAGUUGACGCUGACGCCAAGGACUGUCCCGCCUUUUGCUGGAUCGACAACAAUUGCAGCGACUGCACUUGGGGGCUUUGCGUGAAAAUUUCCUUUCUGCACAGAUGCGGUAGUGGAACUGCAGCAGAGGUCUUAUUGUUGAGGAACCUUGGGAAGCCAGGGAAGGGGAUGGCGGCAGCACAUAUGCAGUGUACACUGGCGCUCUCACCAGAUAGGAAGAGCGUGCGCAAGGAAAGGCGGAGAUGUAUUCAGCGGCGGGGUGCUAUUAAUGAAAAGAUCGAAGGUGUUUGGAAGGGGCAUAUCAAGGCGAAAUGUCCAAACCCUUAUAUUCGUCUUGGGCCCGGGUGCGGAAAUCCUGUGUGCUGA